AUGACGGAAGAAGAUGAAGAGCCAGCUGCAUCUUCAUCUUCUUCAACGUUGGAUUGGAAAAAAAUUUUUGAACUAGCUCAAGAUCCAGAUAUUGAAGAGUUACUAUUAGGUCCGAUUGAGAGCGCCAUUAAAACCUUGGAAGAAGGAAAAGAAGUUCAGAAGAUUCAUGUCAUCCGUAAUCUUCCUUCUCUGCUCGAGUCUCAUGGAGAUGAAGCCAUCGAAAGUGUCAUUCCUGCCAUUCAAAACACAUUGAAGGAAGAAAGAGAAAACUUUGACAUUCAUUGUGAAGCUGCCGUUGUCUUCAAAGCGAUUCUCCAAAAUGAUUCUAUCUGCAAUUCAUUGCCGGGAUUAGCUCAUGUUUUACUCAAAAACAUUUUGGAUAACAUCUCGCCACCAAAGGAACCAGGAUCAGAGAAUAGAGUUGUCGUGCACAUCGGCGAUGGUCCCCAAGUUCGUAACCUGAGUAUUGCUGCUUGGUUGGAAACGUUGGUGGAUAUUGCUGACAGAGUAUCAACUGAUGCUCAAAAACAAUAUAUCAUUCCAAUUGUUCAACAACAAGCAGACCCAUCUCAACGUGUUCAAAGACGAGUAAUUGCCACUAAAUUGCUUCAUAAAUUAGCUGAAAUUCUUCCACCUUCUGAAGUAAGAAAAGAGUUGGCUUCUGUUGCUCAAACCCUAUCUCAUGAUCCUAACAGUACUGUUCGUACAGCAAUGGCUCAACGGUUGCCGGUUAUGGCAAAAGCUUUAAAAAAUUCCACAGAUUGUGUGUCCUUGCUUCUGCCUUGUUUAGUUCAGCUAUGUAAUGACGAUGACUGUCUUGUUAAAGAAGCUUCUUUCAAUAACUUAUCCCAAUGGUUUCCAUUCUUAACCAAAGAAAUCAAAAGAACAACUAUCUUUCCUCUAAUCAAGAAGUCGAUAGAACAAAGUAUCGACAAGUUUGACGAUCUGCUUAUGACCUUAACCAAAAACUUAGGAGAAUGGGUUUUCCUUUUGAUGGAAAAUCUCGAUCAAUUGGAUUUAAGCUGGGUAUUAAACACAUAUCUAAGAGUUUGUAAUUUGGUGAUGAAAACAUCUGAAAGCAAAAGUGAUUCGUUGACUUUGAUGUGUAGAAGGAUGUGCGCUUACAACAUUCCAUGCUUCGUAGAGCUUUUCCCCAAGGCUUUUGACAAGAUCUUGCCUGUUUUCACUUCCUUCUGCCAUGAUGCAGAUGUUGAUGUGAGAUUGUCAAUGGCAGCUUCUUUCCAUGAAAUUGUUACUCGGAGGCCUGAAAGAGAUGAGCUACUAACUCCUUUCAUAGAACUGAUAAGAGGAGGCUCCUUGGAAGUGGUUGGGAAAAUAGCAUAUCAUAUGGAUAAAUAUUUACCAAUCUUGUACAAGCUAACCAAGAGUCCGAAACCGAAAGUUUCCCAAAUCCAGUUAGAUCGUCUUCUUGUUGGAUGUAAUCAGUUGCUUCGAGGUUCUGGAGCAUGGAGGGCACAUGAAGCAUUAUUAAAGCAUCUAUCAAUAUUAACAAACGUUCUUUCAUAUAAACAAUUAUUUGAUACAUUCAUUCCAUUCCUUCAAAAAGAAGUUUUGACAGUUAGGGCAAUACCAUGUCGAAAAGCUGCAGCUUCUACCCUUCUUCUCUUCAUGCGACAGAACCCUGACAAGAAAGAACGAGAAAAUGUCAUAAACUAUCUCAAAAAAGAAAUUGGGGAACACACUUGUUCGUAUCGUCGAUCGUUGUUCAUCGAUAUUGCUCAAAUAGUUUUGGAAAUGUUCAGUCGGCAGUUCUUCAUCGAGUACUUUCUUAUAGAUUUACUCAAGAUGACGGAUGAUUCGAAUGCUAAUAUAAGAUUGAAAGCUAUUCGAUUAUUGCCAAUUGUCAAAACAAAUCUUCUUUUACCUGAUGACGAUACGACACUCGUCGAUUUGGAAAAAGCCGUUCGAUCAACUCUCUCCAAUGAAAAACAAAACUUUACCAGGCAACUCAUGCAAAAUGCUGCCUGUGAUCUGUCACGCAAUGAUUCUCUUCAAAAGGAAAACUUAUCAAAUCAAAAGCGAUUAGAAGAAGAGAAGCAAUUGUGGUCUGAGAAAAGGAAAACACCUGUUGAAGAUGAAAACGUGAAAUCUCCCUCACCUCCAGAAGAAAUCAAAGUGGAUAAAUUGACCAUUUCUCAGUAUUCAAGGUCAAUUUCUCCAUCCCCAUGGAAACAGCAACGAAAAACAAUUGCUGUUGUUAGACCUCAACCUGUGGUUGUUUUCAGAUCAGCUAGCCCUGUACCGAAAAUUUUUGAUGGAGGAAGGCCAAGUCGAUUACCCUUAAGUACAGCAAAUAGAGAUAGAGACGUUUUAAAGAAAACUGUCACUGACUUACCCACGCCCCGAUCAUCUCGCAUACGAAGUACUAUGACUAUGUCGCAAGAAGGACCGUCUAGUGUAACCCCAUCAUCUCCUACAUCUUAUGGAUUAAGGCGGUCAGCGACAACUUCCACAUUUGGCUCUUCAAUUAUAUCUCAUUCUCAUGCUUUAUCUUCUUCAAGGUCGAGCUCUUGCCUUCGACGACCAACAUAUGGUCUUUCACGAGUAUCCAGUCAUAGCACGUUUGAACGUAAACCUCCUCAAUUGUCGUUAAGAGUUAAAGAAUCAUGA